UCAGAGCAUACUCUGGUUUGGUUACGAUCAGACUGACUGCCGUGCUCUGAAAGAAUGUGAUAGAGGAUCAUAAGAACAAGGAUUUUUCACCAUAUAAGAGUGCUCUGACAGGGGGGAAACAACUGUUAUCACCUGAUAUGGAAUACAAGAUUGUUCAGACUAAAACAGCUACGUCUCUUCUGUCCUCUUGUCGGGUUUUUUGCUGAAGGAAUCAACUUGAAAAUACCAAGAGAUUUUUUCGUGAUUGUCAUUCUGGCCCCUGCUGACACAGCUCAUAGGAUACUGAAGAGAUUUGGGAUUCAAACAAGAAAACCAGAAAGAAAGACACAAGAAUGAGAAUGACUAACAGCUAUGGCCAAUGAACAAUUCUGAGUAUUUUCUCGAAUAUAAUUUAGCUCUGAGACCUAUCUGAUCUGAUUGUUGCCUGGGUGCAUAUUAAUGUAGAGGUCAAAACUACGUUGAGGAUAAAGAUAAAAGGAAAAUUUCCACCAAGACAGUUUGUUUCACCAUAGCAUGUUUGUUUUCAUUUCAAGUUGUCCAAAGUGACAUUUCUCUACAGUAGAAACAAUCAGAGAUAUUCGACUUAACACUCCAGGUUCAGUCAUGCAUCCCAGGUUAGUCAACUUUGACCUUCCCAUACUGUUGAGUGUGCUCCUGUUGUGGGGACCUAUGAAGACGAGGGGCCAGAAUGACACAGAGCCCAUCAUCCUUGAGGGGAAAUGCUUGGUCGUAUGUGACUCCACCCCCUCAUCUGAGCCUGCCGGUAACGCCCUGGGCAUGUCGGUCCGCUCCGGCUCCGGCAGGGUGGCCUUCUCAGCCAGCCGCCAGACCAACCACGAGCCCACUGACAUGAGCAACCGCACCAUGAUCAUCUACUUUGAUAAUAUUUUGGUGAACGUGGGCACUCAUUUUGACCAAGAGAGCAGUGUUUUUCUCGCACCACGAAGAGGCGUGUACAGCUUCAACUUCCAUGUUGUAAAGGCCUACAAUAGACAAACUAUUCAAGUCAGCCUGAUGCUGAAUGGCUGGCCGAUGAUUUCAGCUUUCGCUGGGGACCAGGAUGUGACCAGAGAGGCCGCCACUAACGCUGGCCUGGUGAUUAUGGAAAAGGGGGACAAGGCCUACCUCAGACUGGAGAGAGGCAACCUGAUGGGAGGCUGGAAGUACUCCACCUUCUCUGGGUUCCUGGUCUUCCCCUUGUGAGGAAGGUGGAGGGAGAGCAGGUUGAAGUGUUUGAAGGGUGAUAGGAUGAAAAUUGGAUUAAGCUGCAGUCAGAAUGAGUGAGAGAAAAAUCAAAGGUAAAGCUUCAUUCUAUAACUCUUUGACAAUGCAUGAAAAGACGUGUUUUAUGCAAAAAUUGAGAUGAAGAUUGUGCAAAUUACGAAUAUUCUCAUUUGAGACCAAAAGAAAAGGAGGUGAGGAAGAGGCCGAAACAUUCAGUAAAGAUGAUUUAUCUGUGGAUUUGCUCUAUUUCUGUGUAUUUGUUGGAUUUGUAAAGAUAUUUUGAUUGUGACACAAUUAUAAAGUAGCCAUGUGCAAUGUGGGCUUCUGUGCUAAGAUCACGUUUUUUUUUCUCUUUUAUUCACAAUGUUUGAAACACUGCUGUGCUCCACAUGGCAUCCUGUCUCAUUAACAAACUUGUCCUUUACUCUGCUGUGUCGUAUGACUGAUGCUCCUCUAUAUGCCUGUUAGCCUCCUGCAACAAAUGUUUAUUUACAAAGAAAUUUCUAUUAUGGAGAAAAUAUUCAAAUAAAAUA